AUGGACACAUUCCCCCUCGAUGGACUAGACGGCUACAAGUCCAAGACGCUUAGCUUCAAGUCUACCCGUGAUGGCGACAUCAAGGUUGACGUCGCGUAUCCAGAGCUCACAGAUGAUGGAUCCGCGAGUACGGUUCUGUUGCAUUAUCACGGCGGCUUCCUGAUUUUUGGCGAUCGAUAUUCAUUUGUUCCCUACUGGCUGUUACAUGCCUGCGCCUCUCGAAAAUGGAUCUUUGUGACUCCAGAUUAUCGCCUGUUGCCAGAAACAACCGCACAAAGCUCUCUUGAAGAUGCAGUGGAUGCCUAUGAAUGGGUCUUGUCGUCCCUUCCGCAGAUUCUUGGUCGCACCAUCGACAAUGUUUUGCUGGCAGGCUCGAGCGCAGGAGGCUAUCUAGCAUUGGCAACAGCUGCCGCCGUCACCAAACAACCAAGUGCACUCUUGCUGAUCUAUGGUAUGCUGGAUGCUACUUUUUCUCGAUACACCACUCCCGGAACCAACAUCUUUGGCAAACCAGUGGCGGAGACGGCCUCGAUUUUGGCCGACUUCCCAAAGGCAAGACAGGACGACGAUAGGCCUGUGCUGUCUGGGUAUCCGUUGGAUCCAGGAAAUUCCAUCGAACCUCCGCGUGUGACGCUGGCUUCGGCUCUCCAUAUUGAUGCCGUGUAUCUAGAUUACAUGACUGGCGUUGAGGGACUUGGUCAAGCUGUCGCCAAGGAAGGAGUUGCAGCGAUCCCCCAGCACCAUAGAAACCUUUUUCCUCUGGCAUUUGGGGACCUGACGAAGCUCCCUCGCGCCAUGUUACUCCACGGAAAGAACGAUUCUGCUGUGCCGGUGGAGCCAAGUAUGCAAGCGGCGGAAAAGCUGCGAGCGGCUGGGGUCCAGGUAUCCACAGAGUUUCCUGACGAUGGAGAACACGGAUUUGACAUACGGAUUGGAGAUGUGGAUGUCGAGAAAUCAGGCGAUGACAAUACUACUUUCCAGAUUUUGAGAAAUGUCAUCAACUUCCUUAGUCAAGUUGAACAAACGGCCUAG